AAAAACAAGAAGCCGAUUGUCACGUCUUGUCUUAGGUUUGUUCCAGUAGAUUUUGAGUUAUAGUGUAUACCGCAAAACAAGUUUUCGAUGUGGUGCCUUACUGAAAAGACAAACAAUCUUUGUAUCGAAAGUACCUGCCGAUAAUAUUUUACACCCCCCCCCCCCUUAAGUUCCGACACGAUUUAGAUUUUUCCGUAUUCAAGUUGUUGCUGUUCUAUCAUUAUGAAUUAAACCAAAAUUUGUACCUCAGCGGAAAUGAAAAUCGUUCAAGAUAGGCUAGAAAAGUAUAAAUUAUGAAACAAUAUAAGCAAGCUCCGAUAACAUUUAAAUAACGAUCAAAAUGAGAAUAUUUGUAGCAGCUUGUUUGCCGUCAUAUUUAAAAGUGUUACUUAGGCUAUUGCGCAUUUUGCACCUAACAAGACUCCUGCGUGGAAAAUAUUUGCACAGUGCAUUCCCCUCACUACACAUAUACAUAUGCCUUCUGUAUUCUCGUACCCUAUCUGACAGUGCGUUUUGUUUUGUGGUUGCCAUUUGCUGCUGCUAGAUUAGAACCGUUUCCAGCCUCGGUAAACACGGUUUGAAGCAACGGACGAUUUACAACCCCCGGAUUCGCAUCCGGAAGUUGAGUUUAAAUAGAAUCAACUAUUCUCGGGAAGAUCCUUAGCGUGACGAUGACUUUCUUUAUGCUACGUUGUCAACAGAAAUGAUUUAAUGCAGCUUAAGAUUGUUCGACACCGGGAUGGAUAUCAGCAAAGCAGAAAAUGUUGAUAUCCAAAAAAGUGUAUGCGGAUUUUCCCAGAACAAAUUGCCGGAAGGAUUGCUUGGUUGCUGAUUGCGGUACGGGAUUUUAAGGGAAGAGCCAUAAGCGGCCCUUACACGUUCAAUAUUUAUGUCAAUACUAGAGAGUAUUGACAAAAGUAUUGUACGUGUAAUGGAAAAUUUUUUAUUGGCGAUGUGGAUUUCAAACGGGACUGAAAUAUUGUAACAAUACCGUCAAUACUGGUAUUGACAAAAAUAUUGAACGUGUAAGGGCCGCUAUAGUUUCACUAUAUGUUGUUGUCAAAAAUCUGCAAAAGUAUUAGUGAGCGAGGAAAACUAGCUGUCAAAAAUGUCACGCGCUAGAGUCUUAAAAUUCAUAGGAUAGGCCAAAGAGAAUAGGAAAAGAGACGAAUAGUGUGAAGCCAAAAAUACCUUAUUGAGCAGACCAAUCGUGCAAUGUAAAUAAACAUUACUCAUGCCUGAGUUGGAGGAGAUAAGUAUUGUAAAUCUAUCAAAAAAAAAUUUGAAUUUUCGUCAGAAUUUAGUGCAAUCGUGAUUGUAAGGUGCAUUCUAGAGUCUAUGUAUGAGUAAAAACAAGUUUUAGAAUUAUUUCAUCUCUUUGUUUCGAAAUUCACAUCGUUUGAUAAACAAAUCCAACGAUCGACAAAAGGUUUGUUUUCAAAAUAUAAUAGGAGUCAUUUAAAGUGCCGCCUUUGGAAACGGUUGCCAAAUUCUAGUGUUGAAAUCAUCGUAAAGGGAGUGUUGCCGUUUUGACUGAUUUUCACUCUGCGUCUCUUUCACUAUUCUCUUUGGGAUAGGCAAUAUAUGGCAUGGCUUCAUUUACAAUUUUUAUUCAAUCUUAGUUUUGAGCUCCUUCGAAAGCAGUAAAAAGAUAAAUAAACUUCCACUUGCUUAUUGUGUUUCUUGUGAGAAGAUAUAACUAGUAUUUCAUUACAUGGUGUCUAGAAGUGAAAAUUUUCGCGAUUUUCGAUCAAAAAAACGGGUGAUUAUCGGAAAAGAAGAGAAAUAAGGCAUUGCAGAAUUGUUUAGCAGUGAAAUUUCGGAGGUGCGAUAAUUCUCUAGCCAAGAAGCGCUGAGAGUAGAUUGUCGGCAUCAGCACGGUUUAAGCGGCGUCCUAUACCUAUGUGAAAAGUGAGGUUAAGUUAUGGAAAUUCAAGGCGAACAGCAAGCCCCAGUGAGAAUGAUGGCAUACGGAGUUCAUCCACCAAGUUUUUUGGAUUUAUCCAGCAAAACAUUGCAGGAAGAUUUCGCCGACUUCAGACAAGCAUGGGAAUUUUAUAUGAUUGCAGCAGAAAUCGAAGAGAAAAGUGACGUAAUAAAAGUAGCUUUGCUUAAGAAUUUUCUAGGAACUGAAUCAGUGAAAGUGUUGAAUACGUUACUGGUUCCUGCAGCACAACUUACACCAGCAGCGAUUUUAACAGCACUCGAAGGGUACUGUGUGCCACAGACGAAUGAAACGUAUGAACGAUACAUCUUCAACACGACAAUGCAGGUGGAUGGAGAAGACAUUAACAAAUUCCUUACUAGACUUCGGAAGCUAGCAGAGAGCUGCAACUAUGGCCAGCUUAAGGAUUCGCUGAUUAGAGAUCAGAUUGUAGUAGGCAUUCGCUCGGAUGAUACAAGGAAAGCUCUUUUAAAGACGGUAAAUUUGACACUAGCGGGAGCAAUCGACACCUGUCGCGCGCAGACAUUGGUGGAGGAUAGAAUGGCAGCAAUGAGAAUCAAGGAAGAGCCACGGGAUUAUGAACCAUCGGCUGAAGUAAUUGCUAAAGUGAAUACUAACAUACGACGAAAGUAUGAAUCAUUCCGAGAAAGCUGCAAAUACUGUGGACGUAGAGAUCAUAAAAUUGGAGACCGAGAGAGCUGUCCGGCGAAUGGUGUUACAUGCCGGAAGUGUGGAAAACAAAACCACUUCGCUAGAGUGUGCAAAGUACAAAGUGACGAAGAAUAUCGAAGCACUAGAGGAUCACGAGAAGCAUCAACCAAUGAGCAAAAAAGUGCAAAAAAAGUGAAAAUGAUUGAAGAUAAUAGCGACGAUAGUGAGGAGGCGGAUUACAUCACUAGCAUUGAAGAGGUGAAUGUGGUGGAAAAGAGGAUUACGGUAUCGGUUGGUUUCGCAGUGCAUAGAGGCGAAGUGCAAAAAAUUUGUUGCCAAAUCGACACAGGAGCAUCCUGUAACGUAAUCGUGAGAAUUUAG